UUAUCCCGGUCAUUGGGGCUCUGUCUGCCAGCUGCAGAUGCCCUAACGCCGCUGUAUAUAAGGCCCGGCCGAUUCCCAUCUGCGGUGCGGAACCAUCGCCAUCUGUGUACUUUGUUCGUCUUUCAGUAUUUCUCUGGUCACUCGUUCCAAUAUGUACGCCUCCAUCAUUGCCCUCGGCUCUCUUUUGGCUGCCCAGGCUGUUGUCGCCGACAACAACAUGCCAGUUCACCGUGUCCUCAGCAAGCGACAGGACCAGUCUUUCGUUCCUCCCACCACCCCUGGUUGUCCAUCUGACUGGCCGAUGUGUGGAACUAGCAACAUCUGCUACGACCCUACUCGUGGAGACACUUGCUGCCCCGAUGGAACUUGGGCCUGUCCCGGCGGCAACUUCUGUCUGCAGCAGGGUCGCUGCUGUCCUGAUGGCAUUGACCCUGAGACUUGCGCUGAGAACGAGGGUAUAACCCUCACCUCGUCCACCAGUGAGCCCACCAGUGCCCCAGAGCCGACCGAGACCACGUCGUCAACAUCGUCGCGCCCCGUCAUCCCAACUGGCACCACCGAGACUCCCACUGGCACUCCCACUGGCACUCCCCCGGCCAGCUCCUCCCCUGCUCCCCCAGAGUUCACUGGCGGUGCGAACGCCCAUCUCGUUGGCGGCGCUGCUGCUGUUCUCGGCGGCCUGGGAAUGAUUGGCAACCUCGUCCUUUAGAAUCGUUGUCUACGCUGUACAAGAAUGUAAAUGGGUGAUAGUGAUUCGAUAUGCAAGCUAGUAAUUAAUGGUAAUAGGGCUUAGCUCAAUGAAGACCGUGUAGUCCAGACUGCGAGAUCUGCAAGUGGAUCGUCCCCACUGCAUAAAUCCCACUUCU